AUGACAGCUACCAAGAAGAACAGGAAAGGACAGGGCCUCCAUGACAGCUACUACAGGAGACACGAGGAAGAGGACAGGGCCUCUGCAUUACUGAACCUGGCUGAAAGACUGGGAGAGGCUAAACCACGAGGAAUCACCAAGGCAGACAUUGAACAGCUUCCAUCCUACAGGUCAACCUCGACAACCAUCAAUCUGAACAAACGCUCACUGCCCCCUCUCACGCUACGCCCUGCCCCAUAUCACACGCGCCCUGCCCCAUAUCACACCGCGCCCUGCCCCCUCUCACACCGCCGCCCUGCCCCUCUCACACCGCGCCCCUGCCCCUCUCACACCGCGCCCUGCCCCCCUCUCACACGCCGCCCUGCGCCUUCUCACACCGUGCCCUGCCACCUCUCACACCGCGCUCUGCCCCUCUCACACCGCGCCCUGCCCCCUCUCACACCGCGCCCUGCCCCUCUCACACCGCGCCCUGCCCCCUCUCACACCGCGCCCUGCCCCUCACACACCACGCCCUGCCCCCUCUCACACUGCGCCCUGCCCCUCUCACACCGCGCCCUGCCCCCUCUCACACCACGCCCUGCCCCCUCACACCGGCCCUGCCCCCUCACACCGCGCCCUUCCCCCUCACACCACGCUCUGCCCCCUCUCACACCAAGCCCCCUCUCACACCACGCUCUGCCCCCUCUCACACCACGCCCUGCCCCCUCUCACACCGCGCCCUGCCCCCUCUCACACUGCGCCCUGCCCCCUCUCACCACGCGCCCUGCCCCUCUCACACCACGCCCUUCCCCCUCUCACACCCGCCCUGCACCCCCACACCGCGCCCUGCCCCCUCUCACACCACGCCCUGCCCCUCUCACACCACGCCUGCCCCCUCUCACACCGCGCCCUGCCCCCUCUCACACCACGCCCUGUCCCCUCUCACACCGCGCCCUGCCCCCUCUCACACGCGCCCUGCCCCCUCUCACACCGCGCCCUGCCCCCCUCUCACACCGCGGCCCUGCCCCCUCACACCCACGCCCUGCCCCCUCACACACCACGCCCUGCCCCCUCACACUGCGCCCUCUCAACCGCGCCCUUGCCCCUCUCACACCGCGCCCUGCCCCUUUCACACCGCGCCCUCCCCUCUCACACCGCGCCCUGCCCCUCUCACACCCGCCCCUGCCCCUUCUCACACCGCGCCCUGCCCCCUCACACCGCGCCCUGCCCCCUACACCGCGCCCUUCCCCCUCUCACACCGCGCUCUGCCCCCUCUCACACCGCGCCCUGCCCCCUCACACCGCGCCCUGCCCCUCACACGCGCCCUUCCCCCUCACACCGCGCUCUGCCCCUCACACCGCGCCCUUCCCCUCACACCGCGCUCUUCCCCCUCUCACACCACGCCCUGCCCCCUCUCACACCACGCCCUCCCCCUCUCACACCGCGCCCUGCCCGCUCUCACACCGCGCCCUGCCCCCUCUCACACCGCGCCCUGCCCCUCUCACACCACGCCCUGCCCCUCACACCACGCCCUGCCCCUCACACCGCGCCCUCCCCCUCUCACAACCGCGCCCUGCCCCCUCUCACACCGCGCCCUGCCCCCUCUCACACCACGCCCUGCCCCCUCUCACACCGCGCCCUGCCCCCUCUCACACCGCGCCCUGCCCCCUCUCACACCACGCCCUGCACCCUCACACCGCGCCCUCUCACACCCCGCCCUGCCCCCUCUCACACCGCGCCCUGCCCCCUCUCACACCGUGCCCUGCCCCCUCUCACACCGUGCCCUGCCCCUCUCACACCACGCUCUGCCCCCUCUCACACCGCGCCCUUUCCCCUUUCACACCCGCCCUGCCCCCUCUCACACCGCGCCCCCCCGCCCUCUCACACCGCGCCCUGCCCCCUCUACACCGCGCCCUCCCCUCUCACACCGCGCCCUGCCCCCUCACACCACGCUCUGCCCCCUCUCACACCACGCUCUGCCCCUCUCACACCACGCUCUGCCCCCUCUCACACCACGCUCUGCCCCCUCACACCAAGCCCCUCUCACACCAAGCCCUGCCCCCUCACACCAAGCCCUGCCCCCUCACACCAAGCCCUGCCCCCUCACACCAAGCCCUGCCCCCUCACACCAAGCCCUGCCCCCUCACACCACGCUCUGCCCCCUCACACCGCGCCCUGUGUGUUGUGUGCUUUAGUGACUUUGAGUGUAGGCAGCUACUGAGGGUAUUACCCUGCAACCACGAGUUCCACGCUAAGUGUGUCGACAAAUGGUUAAAGGUAAACCAAUCGCACUGUCCAAUCUGCCGGGCGAACGCGUCAGAGGUGCACCGCGAGGUGGAGUGAGUGAUACCCAGGCUUUUGGAUCUUUGAUUGGAAAGCAGCACAAAACUAAACCCACAGAGUCUGUCUGUCUGUCUUAGCGCCUGCCUGGGGACGCCUGCCACCUACCCUGCCUGUGUCCUGCGCCCCCCCCCCCCCCCACAACUACUCCUGCCCCACCUCAACAACAAUAAGCAAUCUAAGAUUGUAUGUUUGAAGCCCCUCCCUCGGUCGUACCUCUGCUGUGCUUCUACUGCUGCGUCUGAUGAAAAAGCUUCUGCCUGCUACCAACCCAUAGCCACAGAGUUGUCCUGUCAGUCUGUCUGCCUGGGAUAGCCAUUGAUCCACCUCCUCGAUCUGCUCCUCUGCCUGCCCCAGUGUUGCAGAUUCCAAAAUGUGACCUAACAUAUGUUGCUAUCGUCGUAGGGCUUUUACGUUUACAAGUUUUACAUUUUUUUUGUUGUUAUCUUGUGGUUUUGGUUAGUUCUUUGUGACAGAGGGAAGUUGGAGUUUCCUGCAUGGGAGAUGGUGAUGGGGGUGGGGGUGGGGUGUUUAAGGACCUGGUGGAGCGGAGAGAGCCGUCACACGUUGUUCAAUCAGCAGGACAAUAAUAGGAAUACUUCAACACGGUUAAAACUGUAGGAGACGAGACAUUCCACUGGCUUGGAGGAAAGUCUGGCUGACUGACUGUCAUAGUA